AUGAAAAUUGUUAAAUUAGCUUUGAUCGCAGUCAUUAUAUCAUGCCCCUACAAAUUAGUUUACGCCAGUGACACCACUGGUACAUCGCAAUCAACUACAGCAGAUUCCGACCAAACUUCAGGAACAGGUCAGGCUACUACUCCUAGUACUCAAACAACUUCAUCUGAAACUACGUCUGGUACAACUUCGCCGGGAACUCAGACUACUACUCCCUCCUCUGCAGCAGCUACACCCGCUGCUAAAGCAAAUUUAAAACCAGUUACCCUUGACAUAAAGAAGAGUAACAGUACUGAUGAGUCAGAGUACUUGAAGGAUGGUAACUACAGGACAUACACUCCUAAACCAAGCAAUGCAUUUUCAAAGAUAGUAAAAGGUAACAAUGAUGUAUGGACUUCCACGGGUAAUGAUAACGCAGUAAAUGUGGUACUCAUGGGUUCUGGAAACAAUCCAAAACACCUUGCAAUUCUUCUUAACAGUGGUAAAUUAGUAUUUCUAUACAAGGAAGGUAAAAAUAAGCCCUGGACUGACAUAACAAGUCAGAAACAUGAUUUAAAGAAACUUAAGUUUCUUGGUGAGAAUAACACUGAGCUAACUUCAUCUAGUUAUAAGAUAACUAUUGUAAAUUUAUCCUACACUUUUACUUUCAAUGAUGGAGUAAAUUGUCUCACUAUAAAGCUGGGAGAUAAAGAUAUUUGGAAAAGUAGUGACGAUAGCAAUUUUGAGUCGAUCAAGACGUUUUAUCUCGAUCUUAGUAAUAAUUUGUUUAGUGUCACAAAUAGUAAAGAUCAGACAAAGCAAGUUACUAAACCUGAGGUCACAAAGGUCACCAUUGACAUCAAUACGACUCAGGGUACCGCCCAGUUUGACCACUCCAAGAGUGGUGAAAAUCACACAUACACCGCUAAAUCAGGUCAUGGAUUUAACAAAGUUACUGAGGGAAAUAGUGCCAUUUGGGAGUCGAAAGAAGAUGUUUAUGGAACUUUAGUCAGGACUAAGACUGUGGAUAAGAAGGAUAAGACCACAGAUAUUGAAAAAUACCUGGCAAUACUUCUCGACAACAAUUCAUUUAAACUUUUCGAAAAGAAAACUGGUGGAAGCUGGACUGACAUCACUGAUAAGAAACGUGAUGUUACUAAACUGAAGUUCUAUGGUGAAAACGAUAUUGAACUUACGACUUCUGACUACACAGUUACCAUCCUUAAUUUCCCAUACAGAGUCACAUUCAAUAGUGGAGUUAAAUGUAAAAAGAUCACGUAUGGAGGUGAUGACGUCUGGAACAGUACAGAUGACACCGAGUUUAAGGACAUCAGUAUGUUUUCUCUUGGCCUUAUCUCAAACGAGUUUUUCGUACUUAAGAGUGAAUCUCAUCACAAGAAAGUAGAAGUUAAAAAAUCUGAUGGCAAAACCAAAACUGGCACCGGGGGUUCACAACCAGCAACCGGGGGUUCACAACCUACUUCAGGAGGUCAGACUGGUACUGGAGCUUCACAACCACCAACCGGAGCUACCCCAACUCCUACUACUGGAACAGGUCAAACUAGUACAACACCUGCUUCUGGUGCUGCUACAACUACUACUCCUACACCUGGUUCUGGAACUUCACAACCAGCAACCGGAGCUACUACACCCAAUCCUGAAACUGGAGCUCCUACUGGUCAGACUGGAUCUAGACCUACUACAACAACUCCUACUAGUACUACUACAACUGUUUCAAGAGGCCAGAGUGGAUCCACUCCAUCUACAGCCACUCCUACAGGUCAAACUACAGCCACUCCUGCUACAACUCCUGCUGGCCAGACUGGUACUGGAACUAGAUCGACUCCAGCUACAACAACUGCUGGUUCUACUACUUCAGGACGUCGGACCAGAUCUAGUCCAUCAACUUAA